AUGGCUGACAUGCCAACAUUUAACAACCUAUCCCUCGAACGACAUGGCAAUGUCUUCGUUCUCACCAUGCAGAAACCACCCGAGAAUCGACUCAACUCAGCAUAUUGUCAGGAAAUGAUUCGAGCAUAUCGCACUGUAGAGAAUAUCCUUGGCUCUGGUUCUGAGGGAGCAGUGAUUACGCGCGGUAAUGAUACUAAAUUCUGGUGCACCGGACUUGAAUUAGAUGAAUCAGAUAAGAAUCCAUUUGCCAACACUGAUGGUUUUUAUCCACUCAUCCACACAAUUCUCGACUUCCCAUUCCCAACAAUCGCCCUUUUAACGGGCCAUACCUUCGGUGGUGCCUGUCCACUAGCACUAGCUCACGACUACCGAAUCAUGAACUCGCGCCGCGGUUUCAUCUCCAUGCCUCCUGUCAACCUGGGUCUGCACUUUGACGGAAUCGGUGCCCUACCUCGUCUGAAAUUACGCCCACAAGUUGCGCGUAAGAUGCUGCUUGAGGCAAACAGAUGGACCGGCAAAGAGGCUUUGGAGGAUGGGAUUGUAGAUGUUGUUGCUGAACCUGAGGAGAUGCUUGAUGUUGCUCUGGAGAUGGGGGCAAAGUGGGCGCCUAAGGCGAAGAUGGGGGUAUAUGCCUUGCUCCGUCAGGAGCUUUGGGGAGACGCGAUCAAGAAGUUUCAGAGGAUUAGCUAUGUUCAUGGUCGUAUGACUUCGGCGCCUGCUAAGGUCAAGAUUUGA